CCAACUGACUUCAGUCUUGAUCCGCACCGAACGGACGCCAGUUCGCUGCCUGCAUCCAACCUGCAACCAUCGCGCGAAAGUUUGUUGCUCAAACAACAAACAACAAGUGUCGUCCCGCGACAGAAACAUUUUCGGUGUCAAUUUGUUGAAUUCUUCUUCCGGACCCAAGUCGAAGACAUUUCAACACAUUGAAGUAAGAGAAAAACAUAACCACCAGACAAAAUAAUUUUGAUCAUGUUCAUCCACUGACGGGACCCAAUAAUAUCCAAGAAAGUGGACUUUUUUUCUUCUUCAAAAUAAUCGAAAACCCAUUCACGCCAGAAGAAUAAAAAUCCGACACUCAAACAAUAUAGCAGCAGGUGAAUCAUCCCAGGCGAAAUAAUAGGUUUUGAAGAAUGGCGCCGAAAGAGAUGCGCUACUGCUUUCCAUUAGCCCAAUUUCUGGUGGUCAUCUGGCUGCUCACCUGCGUCUGCCAUGCCAUCCACUUCGAGUCCGGCUUCACCGACAAAGUCAUCAUCGAUGCCCAGCAACAGUCGGUGCGUUCACGGAGGGACACGCUCGUCAAGCACAAGACGCAGCACUUGAAACCGGCCAUCGAAAUUGAGCCGAUCAACGAAAAGGUCAGGGUGGCGAUGCCCCAUUUCAACGUGCAGGACUUGACGACUUACGCCAACCAGGCGGCCGCCGCCAUCGCCACCCGUUUCGACGAUUUCGAGCCCACUCUCCUGGCCAGCAAUGAUAGCCGACUGCAAACGUCAAGCGCUGCGUGGUUUAUGGCGGCCUCUCACAAGACCAAGGUUGUGGCUAAAAACAUCUCUCGCAUCGCCCUGAUGGCCGAAGAGGCGACCAAAUACUUUGCUCAAGGAUUAAAAUUGACCAAGGAGCAGAUCACCUUCGCCCUGCCGACCAUGGACGUCCGCAACACGGUAUUGGCAGAUCAGUGCCCACUCGAAGUGGAUUUCCCGUGCCAACCGCGCAAAUACCGAGCCUACAACGGCUAUUGCAACAACGUUCAGAACCCGCGCUGGGGAAACGCCAACACCCGCUACCUGCGGUUCCUCCCACCCGAUUACAGUGACGGUGUGAGCAUUCCCCGUCAGGCCAGUGAUGGAACAUUCCUGCCCAGCGCCCGAGAUAUUUCCCUAGCCGUCCACAAAGACGUGGACAACCCACAUCUUCAUCUGACGGCCAUGGCGGCCAUCUGGGGACAACUGGUGCACAACGACAUCUCCCACACACCACAAAUGGCUGGUUUUCUGGGUCAGCGCCUCAGGUGUUGCGGCGUGAAUUUGCACGAAUUUCAUCCCGAAUGCUACCCAAUCCGGCUGCCAGACACGGAUCCUGUCAACGGUCAAAUCAACAUCAAAUGCCAAGAGUACGUCAGAUCGGGAACGGCCCCCAGAGUCGGCUGCACGCUCGGCCCUCGUGAGCAAAUUAACCAGGUCACGAGUUUUAUGGACGGAUCGACCAUCUACGGCAGCUCGGUCGAGGAGGCCAACGACUUGCGCCUCUUCCGUGCCGGCCUAAUGAAAACUCAACCCGGCCCUGCUGGCACGACCAAAGGACUUUUGCCUCCCGACGACAACAUCAUCGACUGCAACACCAAAAAUAAGGAUGUCAAGUGCUUCAAAGCCGGAGAUGUUCGAGUUAACGAGCAUACGGAACUAACGGCCCUUCACGUUAUUUUGAUCCGUGAACACAAUCGCUUGGCAGAGGAAUUGGCCGUGAUCAAUUCGCAUUGGUCAGACGAGACGCUGUUCCAGGAAGCCCGCCGGAUCGUCGGCGCCGAGAUGCAGCACAUCACUUAUUCCGAAUUCUUGCCAGUCAUUCUCGGUCAGACCAUCAUGGAGAAAUAUGGACUUGAGCCGGAAUUCAGCGGUUAUUUCACUGGAUACGAUAUCAACAUCAAUCCUGGCGUUGCCAAUUCAGUUGCGGCUUCAGCUCUUCGCUUUGUCGCUUCGCUUUUGCCCAAAAAGAUGGGCCUCUACCGCAAUGGCCGUAAAAUCUCCGAACAAAAGAUGGGCUCCAGCUUUUACGCUCCUUUCGAACUCUACGAACCAAAUGGAUUAGAUGAAAUCAUCGAAGGCCUUGCCCGAACCCUUUCGCAAUCUGAAGAUCCAUCCAUCAACGACGUCAUGACCAACCACAUGUUCCAGGAAAAACCCGGAACCGCUGGAUUGGAUUUGGCUGCUCAAAUUAUCCAACACGGCCGCGAUCACGGCAUUCCGGGUUACAUCAAGUGGCGUGAGUUCUGCGGUCUUCCUGCUGUCACGACUUUUGACCAACUUAGCGAUGUGAUGAAUGGUGCCACGAUCGCCACUUUGAAGAGCAUCUAUCGACACAUCAACGACAUUGAUUUGUUCACCGGUGGAUUGGCUGAAUCCCCAAAUGCGGGCGCUGUGGUCGGCCGGACUCUAGGCUGCCUGAUCGGACGUCAGUUCCAUUAUCUGAGACGAGGUGAUCGCUACUGGUACGAGAACGAACUUCCUCCUUCAUCUUUCACCAAAGAUCAACUUCAUGCCAUCAGAAAAGUUUCCCUGGCUCGCUUGGUUUGCGACAACAGCGAUUCCAUCGAUCAAAUCCAACCACGCGUCUUCUUGAUCAACGAUCCUUUCUUAAACGCUGACAUGUCUUGCCACGACGGAGUCAUCCCCAAAAUGGACCUUGGCGCCUGGAAGACGGCCUCCCCGCAUUUUGUUAUUCCGGAAACGUUGCUGGAAGAGUCUGUGGUGCGGGCUAAACGAGAAGCCGAGGACUACCUGACCUUGGAAGAAACCCUACAACUGACAGCUGCUGUUGCUGCUGCUUCUACUCGACCCAAGAGACAGAUUUCACACUUCAACCCCAUAACGAACUUGAGUGCCUGGACCCGAACUGCCAAUCACAAAACUGACAAGACGGCCAACUACCUAACUUUGCACUCGCUGGUAACACCGGCACCGCUCCACCGCCGCCAAAUGUCCCCCCAAACCAUCCUAACAACCAUUCAUCCUUCCCUGAGAGCUUGGCUGGCCCCGCUCAUCUUCCCUAGACUCCAUACUGCUCACCAGCACGACUUUCACGACGAUCACCACCAUCACCACUUUGAUGGCGAAUUCCUGGAACGGCAGAGCUUCGAACCGCCCCGCCAUCGCGGGCAGCAGGUGCUCAAUCAGUAUAACCUCGACCAGCACCUCCUGAACCUGCUGCUGGCCAACUAUGAGGAAAGCGACGUUGAGACUGACUUGUACGGACCACGGAAACGAGAGGCAGUGGACGUGCUUCAAGACUCGGCCCGGGUAGCUCAUCACGUGAACGGCUUGUUGGCCGAUUACGAGAGUCAACGCAAAGGAGCUGAUCCCAAAUCUGCAGUGGGUACAGCUUUCAGCUUCAGCCGACCCAAACGUCAAGCGAGUGCCAUCGCCAACAUUUCACGUGUCCUCCAGUUUGCUUCAAAGCGCUUCGUCAAUAGUUUCCUCAAUCUGGUCAAUCAAAAGGACGUUGAAUCGCAACCUCAGCCGUCCACUCUUCAGGAACUCAUGAAAGUGCUACCCAAUAUCGACGUCAGUGAAGUCGUCGAUAUUCCCAAAGUGUUCCAGUGUGACGAACAGACGCUGCCCUGUGAUCACACCAGCAAAUUCCGCACCAUGACCGGCUGGUGUAACAAUCUCAAUUUCCCCGAAUUGGGCAAAUCUUUGAGGGCUUUCGUACGCCUUUUACCACCCAAAUAUGAAGAUGGACUCUCCACUAUGCGUGCCACUGCCGUUUCGGGUCGUCCGCUGCCCAGCGCUCGAAUGAUUUCGGCCAACAUUCACAAUGACGUUAGUGCCCCACACACCCGCUAUUCUCUCAUGGUCAUGCAGUACGCCCAGUUGCUGGAUCACGACUUGACAUUCACACCAGUCAACCGCGGUUUCGGUGGCUCCAUUAUCGACUGCAACAGCUGCGACUCAGCCAAAACAGUUCAUCCGGAAUGUGCCCCAAUUUCUGUACCUCCCAACGAUCCCUGGUUUCCUCAUAUUGACCGGACUACUGGUCGUCCAAAAUGUAUUCCAUUCACCAGAUCUUUACCCGGACAACUGACUCUUGGUCACCGUGAGCAGCUGAAUCAAGUUACAGCCUUUGUUGAUGGAUCGCACACCUACGGCAGUGACGUUUGCGAAAUGCGGAAGUUGCGUGCCUUUGUCGGAGGCAGAAUGAACUCAACCCGUCAUCCGAUUCGCGGAAAGGAUCUCUUGCCGCUAUCUUCCGAACAUCUUGAAUGCAAAUCCCCAUCCGGCGUCUGCUUCACAGGAGGAGAUACACGAGCCAGCGAACAACCGGGUUUGACCUCAAUCCAUACCAUGUUCAUGAGAGAACACAACAGAAUUGUUACCGAAUUGGCCAAGAUCAAUCCUCACUGGAACGACGAACAGCUGUUCCAAAACGGUCGACGCAUUAUGGGCGCCGAAUUUCAACACAUGUCUUACAACGAAUUCCUUCCGCGCGUUCUCGGAUGGAAUGCCGUCCAGCUUUACGAUCUUAAAGUCCUCACCGAAGGCUAUUACAAUGGAUACGAUGCCACCUGUAAUCCCACCGUCUUUACCGAAUUCGCUUCCGCGGCCUUCCGCUUUGGACACUCGUUGCUGAAAGAACAAUUCAAGCGUAUGGGAGCUAAUUUUGUGGAUCGUAAACAGAACGUUAAAUUGCGCGAUGUGUUCAUGAAUCCUGAUGUCAUCUAUCAAGUUGGUAUGAUCGACGAUCUUAUGCGUGGCAUGUUGGGAACUUCCAUGGAAACGAUGGAUCAGUUUAUUACUCAUGAAGUUACAAACCACUUGUUCGAAGAGAAAGCCAAACCCUUCUCUGGAUUGGAUCUGGCGGCCCUGAAUAUUCAAAGAGCUCGCGAUCAUGGCAUCCGUCCCUAUAACGAUUAUCGUGCUCUAUGUAAUCUGAAACGUGCCAGGACCUUUGAAGAUUUGUCGCGCGAGGUCACGCCAGAAAUCAUUACCCGUUUGAAGCAGACAUACGAGCACGUCGACGACAUUGACCUUUUCCCCGGCGGUUUGGCUGAGACUUCCUUGCACGGUGGUCUUGUCGGUCCUACUUUCGCUUGCAUUAUUGCCAUGCAGUUCCGUCAACUGCGGAAAUGCGAUCGUUUCUGGUACGAAAACGGUGAUCCAUUGAUACGUUUCACUGAAGCUCAGUUGGCAGAGAUUCGUAAAGCUACGGUGUCCAAGUUGAUAUGUGAUAACUCUGACGGAAUCGACACUACACAACGAUCAGCUUUCGAUCAAAGCGAACCAUUUUUGAAUCCACGCGUACCUUGUCGAUCUUUGCCAUCGAUUGAUUUGGAACUGUGGAAGGAACGCGUCUCUUGCACAGUUGGAUCGACCAACAUCGAAGUUGGAAAGGCGGAUCGGAUUUCACCUUGUGUCAUGUGUACCUGCACAAGAGAAGGGCCUAUUUGCCAGUCAUUGAAGGUGGUCAACUGUUUCCAAUUAGCGCAGACAUUCAGCCCGGCCGCAAUUUUGAACGAUCACGUAUGUAAGGUGCAAUGCGCUUUCGCUUUCCGAGCCUUCCCACAAGUCGCUGCUGCACAAGACCCCAAUCAGCUUGGUUUCAGUUAAAUCAAAAGUUAUGCUGACUAAAAAGAAAAUAACAAAAAGCAUCGACGAAAAUGAAGAAUGCCCUCCCCUCCCACGCAAUGUUUUGAAUUUUUGAUGAGAAAGUUGUAUAAUCAUGGGUGCUACGAUUUCGAAAAUUAUUUCGGUCAGUAAUGUAAUCAAUUGGGAAAUCUUGAAUACGCUGGACGUCUGUAUAAACAGUUUUUGCCAACUUUUAUUUGAAUCAUAUCAAUGACUUUCUUUAACCACUUUGACUUGAGUCUUCGUAAAGUAUGACGGGGAAGUCACAGUUGGUACUUUCUUUAUUUUAAUUCGCUGUAGCACGACAAACCGGGUGAUGAAAAGGAGGUAAUACUCUGAAAAUAAUGCUGGCACACCGUUGCAUCGUGUGGUACCGUAUGAUAUAUGAGACCUUCUGGAUAUGUGACGAGAAAAUAUAAGAUGUAUAUCUAAUUUCACAAAAUUGAA